CUUUCUUCCGGUUUAUACCGGAAGUUUUUAUUCAGGGACGCAGAGGUGCGCUCAAGGCACUUUGGAGAUGGAUAUGAACUUGUUUUAGUGUCUCUUUUUAAUUCAUAUUUAUUUAUUGGUUUUAAAUUAUGAAAUUAUGUUUAUAGCAGUCGUUCCGCUCGUGAAAAAAACUUAAGAAGUAAUUUCUCGAACUUUGCGAGUCGCGAUGCCACAUGAGAAAGGUUCAGACACUGGUGCUGUUACUGUGGACCCUAAAAAAGCUCUGACAAUCACACCGGGAGGAAAGCUCAACACUGGUCAAAUUGAAAAUCCAUUGAAAAUCCACAAGAAAAAAGGACUUCUCGAUGGAGGCGCAGAUGCAGACAUGACAAAAAUUGUGAGAAAGCACCCCAUGAUCCACUGGACACAACUGGCAGCCAACGGAGCAUCCUCUGGAUCAGCUCAUCACCAUAAUUGGAGACAAGCAGAUGAACUCAAGAAUGAUUCACAGAUGCUGGAUAUUAAAAGGUGCCAGGUUAAAGUGAUCUUGAUGGACGUUCUCCGAACAGAAGAGGGCCAGAGAUACCUGGGUAGCUGUGUGAGUGACACCAAUGCAAAGGUGCAGGCACCACUUAAAGAAGAACCCAUGGAGAGGUGGAGGGAGAGAAGAUCCUCAGCACAGCACAGCGCAGUCAGGAGGAGAACUAGUGCACCUCACAAUGACCAAACUAAGAUUUCACCUCUCAAACUCACCAACUCCGCAUACACUGACUCUGUGCGUGCUGAGAAAAAUUAUAUGCACUUUUCCAAAGAAGUCCGGUCUCCAGUGGCCAAAAGAUGCAAACGAUUCAACAAUUCACUGAAACAUGCAGAACCUGCUGCAUCUGAUGAGGAAUAUUCCACUCCACUUAAGCAAAGUGACUUUUCACCAAGCAAAGAAAGUCAUAAUCUGUUUUCUGAACACACACAACCACUGGAUGAGAAUGAGUUGUGCCAAGAUGAGGAAGGUGACUCUCCGAGGUCCACGAGUACUGUUCAUUCUGAAGAAUCUGAUUCAGAGCAGAUAUCUGACACUUUAAGCACAGCCUCAUACACACCAUCACAAGUUAAGCAGCCAAGUCGCUCUAGCAGAAUGGAACAUCAGGGUUUAGAGAGUAAAGAUGUUCCCGCUCAGCUAAAUACCAGUGAAAAUAAAGUUCAAGAAUGUGCAGAAGUUACUGAAGACAGAGAAGGAAAAACAGAACAGGAGAAAGAAAAAGAAGUGGAGGAAGAGAAGCCUCUACACCAGAAUGGAGAAGUGCUAGAUGAAGCGGGUGGAGCCAGAGGCAGCGUCCUGCGCUUGUCUUCCGGGUAG